AUGCUUGUGUUACGUGAAGAAGAAGAAGAAGAACCAGUCACAUCACGACAUCACAGCGCUGUCUGUCUGUUUGUCUGUCUGUGUUAUGACGAAGAACGACUCGACCACGGAUACUCGUGCUCUCGUAUGGAUGUUAUAGCAGUAACAGGUGCUAGCGGUUUAACCGGACGAUUUGUUGUCGAUCGACUUCUGAAAUCUGGAAGAUAUAAAGAAAUUCGUCUCAUCGACAGAAUACCUUCGGCACGUAUAGGGCAAAUGUAA